AUGGUUGUCAUAGGGAAGGGACAGAGGAUCUAUAAAGGGCAGACAGUGCUCAACAAGGCCGUUCUCUUUCAGAUUUUGACCGACUGGCAGGACAAGAAGGGGGACAAGCGGUUCCUGAAGCUGGGCAAGGAGCAUGAACUGGGUACCCCCGUGAAACAUGGAAAGCCCAAGAAGCAGAAGCUAGAGGGGAAGGGUGGGCAUGGCACAGGGCCUGGCCCAGGGCGGCCCAAAUCCAAGAACCUCCAGCCCAAGAUUCAAGAAUAUGAGUUUCCAGACGACCCUGUGGACGUGCCUCGGAUCCCCAAAAAUGACGCCCCAAAUAGGUUCUGGGCCUCCGUUGAGCCCUACUGUGCUGACCUCACCAGCGAGGAGGUGCGGACCCUGGAGGAGCUGCUCAGGACCCCGGAGGAUGAGGCUGAGCACUACAAGAUCCCGCCUCUGGGGAAGCAUUACUCCCAGCGCUGGGCCCAGGAAGAUCUGCUGCAGGAGGCGAGAGUCGGUGAGCAGAGGCUGCUUGCUGCAGCUGCCCCCAGCCCCCAGCUUUGCUCUCCCCUCCCCGACUCUGCUCACCACUCUCCACUCGCCUCCCUCCCCCCAGAUGUGGAUGCCCUGCUGAAGAAGUCGGAGUCCCAGCAGGAGCUGCCCCAGGACGGCUGCCCCUUUGGGCCCUUGACCCAGCGCCUCCUGCAGGCACUGGUGGAGGAGAACAUCAUCUCGCCCGUUGAGGAGGCCCCGAUCCCUGAGCUGGCAGGAGCUGAUGGUGCUGGGAGGGCGCCCCACCCUCCAGCCUUCACUGCGCUAGGUGUCCAGUCACCACCACCCUUCUUGGCUGAGCGCCACUGUUCCAUCUACCGCUGCGUGGAUGUUUUCAGAGAACUAGCCACCCUGACUGCACAGCUCUCCCUUGGGAGCUGCUGGGGGAGAGUUUGGGCUGGCGCUCUGGCUGGGCGGGGCUGGAAGCAGCCAGCCGGGGGUGAGCGCCAGGUGGAUUCUCAGUGCCUCCUCUGUGGAGUGAGGGUCAGUCCUGCCUGCCCGAGGGAUGGGGGUGGCCCUCUGCUGCGUGGGCAGGCUGUGCUGCUGCAGUACCCGGGGUGGGGGGCUGCUGGGGACUCAGCCGCACUCUCCUGUGCCCCCUGCAGCGUGCCCCACACCAAGUCGCUGGAGGGGCGGCUCAAAGAGGAGCUGAUUGCCCAAGGCCUGCUGGAGUCCGAGGAGCGGGCCCCUGAGGACGCGGAGGACGAGGUGCUGGCGGAGCUGCGCAAGAGGCAGGCCUCACAGCGCUGCCUCUCCAGGCUGGCCAAGCAGGAGCUGCUCAGGCUGGCCAAGCAGGAGCUGGACCGCCAGGUUCUGCGGCAGCGCGUGCGCAUGGCUGACAGCCAGGGCAUGGAUGCUUUCCGCAAGAUCAUGGCAGCCCGCCAGAAGAAGCGCACGCCCACCAAGAAGGAGAAGGACCAGGCCUGGAAGUCAAGCUCCUGGACGCUGUAUGAUGCUCAUUCAGUGCAGCAGAUUGGGAGCUGA